CGCAGUGCACGCCGGGAGCUGUAGUGCCAGUUCCCCGGUGGCCAUCCUGCCUUUGAGCGGCGAGGCACGGGGCGGGGAAACCACGAGUCCCGUGAGCCUCUGCGGCAGGGGGGGCUGGCGUUUGAACCGGCGGCGUUGUUGUUGACGCCAUAUUGCUGGUGCGGGGGUUACGGCCGGGAGCGCCAUCGCCGCCGCCAUCGCCGCCGCCCGGGCCCUGCCAUCGCCAUCGCCCCGCAUCGGCCGCCCCGCACCGCGCACCUGGGACCGGCACCGCGCCCCUCGGCACUGCUCGUGCCCCGCCACCGGCCGCGGGCGGAAUUUGUCCCGGCCGGGCAGGGCGGAGCGGGCAGGGAGAGCGGAGAUCCAGCCGGACUGAACCGGGGCUGCUGCUGCCGCUGCCGGGGCCGCUCCCUAGAGAGAGGCCGGCGGGGAGGCGGCGGAGGCGGCCCUGACGCAGCCGCCCCCUCCUUUCCCUUCCCUCCCCCCCAGCCCACUCCAGACAGCGGGGAAGACGCCUCUGGGCAGGGCCGGCUGCUGCUGCCUCCACCGCUGCCCCUCGCUCCGAGCCCCCUUGGCCGCUCCGCGCCAUGGCUUGCGGCGCCACUUUGAAAAGGACUCUGGAUUUCGACCCGCUGCUGAGCCCGGCGUCCCCGAAGCGAAGGCGAUGUGCGCCAUUGUCAGCCCCGGCCUCAGCCGCCUCCUCCUCCUUCGCCGCCGCUGCCUCUUCCCCGCAGAAGUACCUGCGCAUGGAGCCCUCGCCCUUCGGAGAGGUGUCGUCCCGGCUCACCACAGAACAAAUUCUGUAUAACAUAAAACAGGAGUACAAACGCAUGCAGAAGAGAAGACAUUUAGAAAAUAGCUUCCAGCAGACAGAUCCUUGUUGUUCUACUGAUGCACAGCCACAUGCAUUUCUCCUUACUGGACCAGCUUUGCCAGGUACUUCAUCUGCAGCAUCAUCACCGUUGAAAAAAGAGCAGCCCCUGUUUACUCUCAGACAAGUUGGAAUGAUCUGUGAACGUUUGCUGAAAGAGCGUGAAGAGAAAAUCCGUGAAGAGUAUGAAGAAAUUUUGACCACAAAACUUGCAGAACAAUAUGACGCAUUUGUGAAGUUCACGCAUGAUCAGAUCAUGCGACGAUAUGGAGAACAGCCUGCCAGUUAUGUUUCAUGAAUCACACUUUCUGCAUAUGUGGGCUGCCCUAUACACCCUGUUUUAUUGUUGCAAGCUAUCCCAGUAAAGACUUGCAGCAAUGCCAUAUUUUUUUCCCCCUGUGAACACAGGUUAUUUCAAGCUUUUGUCAGUGGCAACCACUCUUAUGCAGCAACUGGUUUUGGAGUGCUCCCUGAUGUCAGUACCACCUGGAUGUGGACCUUUGCUACCUGUAAUAAUACCAGUGGCCUCAUUUGCUGUAUCAUUACGAUUUGGCUUCUUAUGUUAAUAAGUUUGAAAAAGUAAAGGAUUAAAGCUGGUGUUCUAGAAGUUGCCCUUCACUGGUUGUGUAAAUAAAAAUGUAGAAUGACACUUCUGACUGAAGUUAGUGUGGUUUUCAUAACUGUGCACUACAACAGAGCUGUAAUCACAGUUAAGUUAGAAUGUAAUCCCAGGACAAUUUUAAGCAAAUAGCCCACAGUACUGCCUGUGAAAUAGUGAAGGAGGGCAUUUCUGUAUUCCAUGACUUUUUUGGGGGUUAAGAAUGGGUUUAUAUGAUUUCUCAUUUUUGUAGUUUUUAUUUAUUCUAUCAGUCUUUAACAAAUGUUUAUUGCUGCAAUUUUUCAGUGUAUCAUUGUUUUACUGCCCUUGUAGUACUGGAAUUUAGUUGGAAGAAUAAAACAUUUACUUCUAA